GAUACCACUCGCGUGUGUGCUCGCUCGCCAGCUCGACUCGCGGAUUGAGUGUCUUGCAGUGUUUUCUCAGUGCUCGGUGAACUCGGUUGCGCAGUCCGCGUCUUUAAUUCUCUCACGCCGUCAAGGCCGGAGCGCCGCCGCCACCGCCGAUUCUGCGCCCUCGGCCCGCCCGCUAUUGAUCCACCUGGAGAGGGUUCUCCGGGGGGUCACGUGACAGUGCGCCGUCGAUCGACUUAGCGAGGCGAAGAUUCGCCAGUGCCGCUGCGAAAUCGGCCCGCCGAAAAGACAACACCGAAACACCGCGAUUCGCGACCGAAUUACUCUCAGCUAAUUACUCAUGGACUACACAAGCGUGCUGCUGGCCACGGCGGCCGCAAACGCCGAUCGAGCUUGUAACGUUCCGCAAUCUCGAAAAACUCCCUACAGCAGGGUGGCAAGCGCCGCGUCAAUGCAGCUCACUGCGUUUGGCUUCAGGCGCCGCGCCGCGCCCGACAUGGCGCCGGCUGCGCCGGUGUCCACCUCUUCAUACCAUUGCUCACCUCAUCAUGUGCCACCGACACCUCCCACAGAGCCGAAACCAAAGCCGUCACCCGUGGCCAACAGAUUCGGAUUCCAGCUUGGCCCGCGGGCCACUGCCGUCCUCAAUAACAUUAAUGCACAGAUCGUAACAAAUAACUCACCUUCCCGCAUGGAUGGCAACUGCAAUCCUGUCCCCCAUUCUCAUUCACAUUCGACGACAACCAACGCGAAUUACGAGCCUGCACCUAAACUCGAGGAAAACAACAGGUCCACCCUGGCGGUGACCGCCACCAACCCACCGGCGCAGGUCAACAAAGUCAACAAAUCCCCGCAGUCGUUGCUACCCAAACCGAAGGAGCACAAAUCGCGACUGCCGGGCCCAAAGGCAACCUCCUCCAAAACCAAGCAGCAGCAAGGAUUGAAACAACCCUCUGCUGGUAAGAAAAAUGGAGCUAACAUCGCAAAGCCUGUAGUGGCCAAGCCUGUGGUGCGGCCCCCGAACACUAAGUCAGCCAAAACCGAGGCCAACCAAAUGAUGGUCAACCAAAGCUCGGAUUCGUCACCAGGUUCGGGAAAAUCCCAAUCCUCCGGCAUUGGCACUUUGAGCGCCACUGACGACUCGCCCACUGACCUGAGGGAAAGAUACGAGUUGAGGGCGCCGACUGCAAUUUCAGAGGACUUCGAUGAGGAGGAGAGAGAAGAAAAGGCCUGCAUUGAUGAAAACUUUUCAGAAAAAAUGCCACCGGCUUACCCUAUACCUGUGUGGACCGAAACGGCUGCUGACGAGGUUUCGUCCAGUGGCAGCUACAGCGAGGGCAUCGAGGAGCAGCAGAUUGAAUUUCCAGACAACGUCACAGACAAGUCAGGAGACAGUUUGAUCAGCAGCAUUUCUAGCACCUCGUCUGAGCCAAACGGAAAGCAGAAGAAAAAGAAGUCUGGAUCGAGUCUCUCGCAGUUGUCCAACGGCUCGGAUGAUAACUUCCUCAUAGAUGAUGAAAUUGCAGACCAGCCUGGGUUGACUUUUGAUGACAACAAUUACGAUGAUACGGAUUAUAUAGUAGAUGAGGGAGACUGCAUUGAUGGCGAGGAGGAAGAGGAAACUGAGGCCCAGUUUAACAAGGACGACACAACUUUCAUGGGGGAGAUUACUUUGAAUGGAGAGGAGCAAACCUAUAAUAUCGAAGAGUCGGUCACAAAUGAAAAUGAAAACACGCCUCCACAAGACUUGUCCACUUUGGUUCUGGACGCCCCUCCAUCAAUUCAAGUUGGUUGCGAAGAAGGCGGUCGAGAAGCACAAGCUAGUCCUGUCCGUACUUUUAAUUCAACACCACGCCGAAUUCGCUCUAACUCAACUGGCACCCUGUCGCCCUGCGAAAGUAUUACCUCUGAUGAUUUAAUGCUGGAUUUUGAAGAUAGUGUUGCAUCAAGAAAUGUCAGCAUCAGCCGUCUAGCAGAAAUGGGUUCGGGAAUAACAGGCUCAGAAGAAAUAAUCAACAAGUGGAAUGUGAUGCUCGGAUCUGUCACUAGUCUCAACAGCAUUGGAUGUGGCGGGCAGCCAGUGGCGCACCAGCAGACGCCGCCGUCGCUGCGGUCGAGGGCGUCCAGCAACUCGGAGGUUGGCCGGCAAUCUUACAACUCACCCCUGAGGCCGCCUCGCUCAUCAGUGAGCUCAAUCGAUGGCGAAUGGAUGGCCGGCCAAAAUAUCCUUCAGGACAUCCUCUCCCUCAAGACUGGUUUACUUAAGCUGAAGCGCACCCUGCAAGACGCGGAUGUCAGAAAUCCCUUUGACUCCUCACUAAGUAUAAGUGGCAUGUACUACAAUUUGGCCAACAGCGAUGGCUUUGACAAGGAGGAGCAUCAUGUGAAUGGCACUGCCGAGGAGGAGAAUGUAGAUCUCAGGCGCCAAGUCAUUUUCUUAAAACAGCAGCUUACCGAGAAAGACAGGACUAUUUCCCUAUUGCAACAGCAAAUGACAAAAUACAGUGGAGUCGAGGGCGCUCCAGACAAUGCAGCUGAGAAGGCAAAUGUUGCCACUCAAACUGAAAGGAUUCGACCCGUCUCCAUGGGCUCAACAAUGUCACACAGCACCCCUGUUGAUGGAAGUGGCCCCCUAGUCAGCACUUCGACUGAGAACCUCAAACAGGAGAAGUUGGCGUUUGACGGCCCAAAGCUGCAGAAGCCGAUUCUUGCCCUCAACAAUAACGACAACGUAAAAAGCGCAUCAAAUGAGAUGCUUCUUCGAACCUCUAGUAGCAGCAUUCCAAUACCAAAAUCCAUUCCCCAGAGAAAAGUCAACUUGUGACCCUGCACAUGGCAUUUUAUAAAAUUGUCCGAUCUGUUGAUUGUGGUGCUGAGCAGGGAAUAAAUUGCAACGUGUGAUUAGUCAGAGGAAAGUUUAAAGAAACCAGACGCACCUCUCUUUGCUAUUGCACACACAUCUCAAGGAUAAAAUGAAAUAUUUAUUUAGUUUGCUGCAAGAUAAGGCCUCGAAAUGUGAUGAAAAGUUUACGAAUUUAAUUUCGAAUUUUCUUAAGCGUGGAAAGAGAGUUAUCAUGGGUGCUGUAAAUCAUUUAGUAAAUCUUUCAUGUAUUAGGAUCAUAAUAUUUGUUUUACUAAAAUGAUAUGGUUAAUUUGCUAUUUGGCUAACUUGGUUUUAACUUUUAGGACAGAAUGUUGGUACUUUCGACUCUCUUUCCUUCCCUUGAAGAAAUUAUAUUUGAUAUUUCAGCCCUAUUACAAACGGCUGUACUUAAUUCCGGUAAUAAUUUUGAUUGAAAAUUUAUUUUAACUUGAGACCAUUCCACUUUGAUCUUCCAGUAUUGAUUAUCCAUUUUACCGCUACUUUAGAUUCAAUGUAUAAUUUAUCUAUAACGAUCAUGAAUAAUUCUCUUGCAAAAUGAGAUUCCUUCAAGAUAAUAAAACUUAAAUCUAGAAAUGUAACAAAAUACGAAAUCCAAGUGUAGAUGAAGUGUUCGGAAAGUGAAUGUUGAAUUUUUAUUUGUAACGUGACGUGACCAAUCCUAAUUAUUUUUUAACUCGCACAAUGAUUGUUUUAAUUUUGCAUGGGCUGUGAGCCAGUAAGUAACAUUAUUAACUUAUUGUUGAGAGGAUCAGUUCAAUGGUUUCCCUCUAGUCACACCUGAUUUCUAAUAAGAAAAAUGUCAUGCGAAUUAUGUUAUAUUCGUUCAUAUGAAAACUGAGUUGGACCACUUGAUCUUUUUGAUAAUUUUCAAUCAAACAGUAUUUUUAUUGACCACUUCUGUUCAUCUUACUGAUAUAACUAAAAUAACGUUGUAGUGUGAAAAUGUGCCCCUGUUGAUUUUUAAACCUACACAAUGUUGAUUGAGAGAAUCUGAAUAAAAACUGGUAUUUCAUUAAAU